GUGGAUUCAAUUUGAAGAAAAAAUUGAAGAUGGAGGAGAAAGAUGGAGCAAACCUCAUGUUACCACACUAACAUUACAUAGUUUAUUUGAGUUAAGAACAUGUUUUGAAAAGGGAAUUAUUUUACUGGAUACAGAAAAGUGUACAUUUAGAGAAAUAAUAGAUCAUGUACUAAAACGAAGAAUUUCCAUUAAUACAACAUAUCAGGAAGAAAAUGAAAAUAUAUUAAAUGUCCUGCUUCAAAAUCAUGUACAUCAUACAAGAAAAUCACGAACAAAAUUUAUGAAAGACAUAAUUUCAUCAACUAGUAGGAGCAAAAAAUCAUCUUCAAAUGUACCACUUGAACUUUCCGAAAAGCCUUCAUAUGAACAGCUGCAAAAUACUUUUAAAAGGAAGAUACCAAAAGGAACAGAGGCAGCCAAUGUCCUUGUUGGUGAAGCAGACUUUUUGGAACAGCCUUUCACUGCUUUUGUCCGGUUAAAAGAAGCAACGGUGCUCAGCAUGUUGACUGAAGUGGCUCUCCCUAGCAGAUUUAUCUUCAUUCUGCUGGGUCCAGGAAAUAAACUUAAAGCAUAUCAUGAAAUUGGACGAGCUAUGGCUUCGUUACUUACUGAUGAGCUGUUCCAGAAAGUAGCAUAUAAGGCCAUGAACAAAGAAGAAUUAACAGCAGGAAUCGAUGAUUUUUUAGAUGAAGUUGCUGUUCUGCCACCAGGAAAAUGGGAUCCUACUGUUCGUAUUCAACCACCCAAAUUUCUGCCAUCAGCCAAUAAAAGGAGGUUGAUGCUGCUCAGGGAAGCCAAAAAUCACUGCAAUGCAAGAUUAUACAAUGAAGAGGAAAGGCUAGCACAUGGUCACCCUCAUGUCAGUGAAGAACUAAAAAAGACAACUAAUCCUUUUAGUGGUCUCAUUAAAGAUGUAAAAAGAAAAGCCCAAUGGUAUUGGAGUGAUUUUUAUGAUGCACUCAACAUACAAUGUCUUUCAGCAAUUUUGUUUAUCUAUCUGGCAACUGUAACAAAUGCUAUUACUUUCGGUGGCAUGUUGGGAGAUGCUACUAAUAACAUGCAGGGGGUUCUGGAAAACUUUAUUGGAACAGCAAUUUGCGGUGGAAUGUUUUGUCUGUUUGCUGGACAGCCUCUAACUAUUCUAAGCAGCACAGGACCAGUCCUUGUAUUUGAGAGGCUUCUGUACAAUUUUAGCAAGGAUUAUCAUUUUGAAUAUUUGGAAUUUAGACUAUGGAUUGGACUUUGGGUAGCAUUCUACUGCCUUAUAUUAGUGGCCACCAACUCUGCGUACUUGGUGCAGUAUUUCACUCGAUUUACAGAAGAGAGCUUUUGUGCACUGAUAAGCUGUAUUUUCAUUUAUGAUGCUAUAAAGAAGAUGUUGAACUUGGCUGAUCAGUUUCCUAUUAACUGGAAAUACAGUGUAAAUGAUGUAACCCAUUACAGCUGUAAAUGUAUUGUAAAUGGCACAGGAAAUUGGUCUUUAUGGAAUUUAACAUCCUAUGACUCCUUUUUUCCGGAGAAUAAGGAACCUGAAAACUUUACACAAAAUCAGUGCAUGGAGCUGGGAGGAUUUAUAGAGGGCAACAGCUGCAACUAUGUGCCAGAUGUUUUUCUUAUGUCUGUCAUCCUAUUUUUUGGUACAUUUUUGUGUACAACUUCACUAAAAAGCUUCCAAAGAAGCAGAUAUUUAUCUUCAGCGGUACGCAAACUGACUGGAGAUUUUUCAGUGAUACUAACAAUUAUCAUUUUUUGUGCUGUGGAUAUUAUUUGUGGUCUGGGAACUCCCAAACUUAUAGUUCCAAGUGAAUUUAAGCCAACAAAUCCAAACAGAAGUUGGUUUGUGUUUCCGUUUGGAAGAAACCCGUGGUGGGUGUGCUUACUUUCUGGUGUUCCAGCAAUUCUAAUCACAAUCCUUUUAUUUAUGGACCAACAAAUUACUGCAGUCAUUCUUAAUCGCAAGGAAAACAAGCUGAAGAAAGGUGCAGGUCUUCAUCUGGAUUUCUUCUGCAUAGCUUUGCUGAUUAUAGUGAUGUCAUUUAUGGGGCUUCCAUGGUAUGUCUCGGCUACUGUGAUAUCUCUUGCACACAUGAACAGCCUAAAAAUGGAGACAACGGUUUCUGCUCCAGGAGAACAACCCAAAUUUUUGGGCAUCAGGGAGCAAAGAGUAACUGGAUUAGCAGUGUUUAUCCUGACUGGAGCAUCUGUUUUUCUUUCACCAGUCCUUAAGCAUAUCCCAAUGCCUGUGCUAUAUGGAAUUUUUCUUCAAAUGGGCGUGGCAGCUUUAGGAAGCAUUAAGUUCAUAGAACGGUUGAAAUUACUCUUUAUUCCACCUAAGCAUCAGCCUGACCUAAUUUAUCUUCGUCAUGUCCCUCUACGGAAAAUUCACCUAUUUACACUAAUCCAAAUAUCUUGUUUGAUAAUUUUAUGGAUAUUGAAAUCAACAGAAGCUGCAAUUAUUUUUCCUCUGAUGCUGCUGGCCCUUGUAGGUAUACGGAAGGCAAUGGAAUGUAUUUUUUCUUUACAUGAUCUAAGUUGGCUGGAUGACAUAUUGCCACAGCACUCUGUUAGCGAAGCAGGGCAAAAGUCAGAAGAAAUAGAUUCAACUGACAGUGAAGAUUCUGAGCUGAAGUACCAAGAAAAAGGACCAGAAAUCAACAUUUCAGUAAAUUAGAACCUGUGAAUGAGAACUGAAAAUUAUUUGUGUGAUCCAUAAAGCCACAUAAUGGACCAAAAAUCCACAGGACCAAAUUCCUGAUGCUUUUACGUAUGGAUGCAUUUUAAUUUACAAUGUUAAAUAUUUGAGAACA